UAAGGGAUUACUUCUAUAUUCAGCCAGUAAUGGAGGACUCGCAAAAGGAGAACACAGCUUCCAAAGUAUAUCGAGCCGAGGAGCAACAUUAUUCUGCGUUGGCAAAUCGCAGGCAGGACACCGCCUACGAUCAGUAUUUGAAUUCGUUCAUCAAGCUGGAGGACAAGCGGUAUCUACCCAACGCCAAUGCCAUAAACCAACUAGUUCCCUUGCGGGCCGCAGUGGGAACAGUCGUGAUGACGCCCACCCAGUUCCGCGGUGUGCACUUCUCUCCACUGGGAACGUGCUUCAAUUUCAGCGAGCUUGGUGUCUCCAACGAUCCACUGAUAAUGGCACUUGUCGCGCGCGAGCAGCCGAAUGCAACUAAAGCCAUUUCGACCAUCUUAUUCGUGAGCACGCGAGACUCCAGGGGCUUUAAUGUGUCCGGCUACAUCGAUUUUGAGCAGAGCUUGCGCAGGUUCAGGAUUGCAGGAUCCAAGUCCCACCCGUGGGCAGAUAUUUUCGCCGGACGCCGCCGCCUGGAGCCCAAUGAACAGGACCUCAGCUUCAUCACUUGGAGCAAUGGCAGGCUGUUCUCCAACGACUCGGACAACUACAAGGUUGUGCCCGAUGCCCUCAAGGGCUUGUGCUUCUCGCACAAGGGCGAUGGCUCCAUGCUCAGCAUAGAGAAGUACAUAACCGAGGAGCAUCCGCUGUGCAAGUUCAUAGAGUCACCCAAACACGGCUCGACUGUCGUAUACGAUCAUCAUGUGCGGCGAAAGACGUGACUGCUGCCAGAUGGCAUUAUAAUCGAAACGUAAAUUCGCAGUGCCACAAAUGAUGCACUUCAGCCGGGCAUCAAAGAGAUUCGCCUGGCUGCCAGCACCAAAACACUCCAUAAAGCGCAAUCAAAGACCAUUAAUUGCAGAAAUCAAAACAAUAUCGUGAU